UCCUGAAUGAGCUCUGUGUUUAGCCUGGUUCGUAGCUUGGCUUGACAAGUUUGCACCUACGUAUGGACCAAGUUGAUAGAUUUAAGUUUUGAAUGUAUGGCUCCUCGUUACCGAUUUGGGAUUUAACUUCAUGGCUAAUGUAGGGCAGUGAGAAGCUUGCGUGUUCACUUGAUUUCGUGUCUGCUCAGUCUUCAUAGAAAAGCCAGACAGACAGAAGAGUAAAGAUGAACUCUCUUUCUUUUGACGAUCCAACUCUGGAUAACUUGGAUCCAACGAUUUCACUCAAUUCGCUCCAUGACCCCAGCGACAUUGACACGGCCCUUUUAAGCGAUAUCGAUGACAUGCUAAAGCUUAUCAACAACCAGGAUAUGGAGUUUGAUGGACUCUUUGAUAACCAACCAUACACAGGAGCUCUUGACCAUGAUCUCUCAGGUCUUAACAACCCAUCAACCUCAACUACUUCAUUGACCACUUCAGCUGUCCCGAUAUCUCUCAAUCCUCCAUCCUCAGCAGUAAGUCCACAUUUGGAUUCUCUUCUAGGGCAUCCCAUCACACGUAGCUCCUCCACCCCAGACAAGACCUUCCAGCCUCCCACCUUUCAGCAGUCCCCUCUGGCCCAGGUCCCCAGCAGCUCCGCACUAGACAGGCAACAGCCGACCUCUCCACCACAGGCCCAGAAUGCCAGGCAGUUCCAAGGAAGAGCCAGCCCCUGCUGGCCCUUAGCCCACCUCUCCCAGUGCAAAGUGGCUUCACCACCUCAAGGUGUACCACAGAAGAGUGUUGCUCUGAGCUCUUUCUCCUCCCAGCUCUCUUCACCCCCACUGCUCCUCAGACACAAGUUCAGUCUCAGCAGGACUCACCCUGUUAGCUACACAGCAUCUAGUCCUGGGAAUGCAAGUCCUUCAGCCGCUACUUUUGCCUCGUCACCUCCAAUAGCAAUUCAACCUCAGAUUCAAGGAAUGACCACAACAUCUCCCAUUUUGACCUCACUCUGGAAGCCCACCUGUGCAAAACCAUAACGCCCCACUGUACAGCCAGUACCUGUGCUACUGCAGCCUCAGUUCAUUAAAGCAGAAUCCUUGCUUCUGACCACUCUUAAGCAUGACCCGUGUAUUGUCACUACUGUAGCAUCCACCGUACAUCUUUGGCCAACAACAACCACAGUGCAGACUACUCCUAUUCAGGCUUUUGUAGGUGGAGGCACCUUUUUGACUACAGUUCCUGUUAUGGUGGAUACAGAGAAACUGCCAAUAAACCGGAUAGCCAUCAGCGGCAAACCAAAUGGGCAGCCUCACAAGGGAGAAAAACGCUCUGCUCAUAAUGCCAUAGAGAAACGUUACCGGUCAUCUAUCAAUGACAAAAUUAUUGAGCUUAAAGAUUUGGUUGCUGGUACUGAGGCCAAGCUUAAUAAAUCUGCAGUAUUGAGAAAAGCUAUCGACUAUAUCCGAUACUUACAGCAGGCUAAUCAGAAACUCAAGCAGGAAAACAUGGCUCUAAAAAUGUCAGUCCAGAAAAACAAAUCUCUUAAAGACAUUGUUGCUAUGGAGGUUGAUGGACAGGCUGAUGUAAAAAAACCGAGCUGCCCAACUCCUCCAUCUUCUGAUGUUGGCUCCCCCAUCUCGCACUGUCCUAGUGACUCAGAGCCUGACAGCCCAAUGGGUGAGGACAAAAGGUAUGUUGAUAUCAAAGUCAUACCCAAACAUGGAUCAGCUGGGUCAGUCCUGCAGGUGGACGGUGCUGGUGGCAUGUUGGACCGCUCCCGUAUGGCCCUGUGCGCUUUCACCUUCCUCUUUGUCUCCAUGAUCCUUUGGCUUCCCUCUUCUGCCAGCAGUGCAUGCUGCCAAUGCUGGGCCUCAGCCGCAGCCCUCACCCAGGUGGCAGGGGGCAUUCUGGGCUUAGACAGUGCAGUGGACUCUUUGGGCUGGAUGGACUGGAUGUUGCCCACUCUGCUAGUGUGGUUGCUGAAUGGCAUUUUGGUGUCAGGGGUUCUGAUCCGACUCUUAGUCUAUGGAGAACCUGUAACCAGACCACAUUCUGGAUCAUCUGUCUUAUUCUGGAGACACCGCAAACAGGCUGAUCUGGACCUAGCAAGAGUAUGGUGAUUUGCUCAAGCCAGUCAAAACCUGUGGACCUGUCUUAAAGCUCUUGGUCGGCCUUUUGCCCACCUCUCAGUUGUGGAUUUGGCCUGUGCUGCCUUGUGGUCGCUGUUGCGUUUUUGUCUUCAACGCCUUUGGGUAGGCCGGUGGCUGGCCGCUAGAGCUGGAGGGCUGCGCUCUGACCGCCCCCUGCAGGAGGAUUGCUUGCAAAAGCGCCGUGACGCUGCACUGGUCUUACCACACCGCCUGCACCAGCUUCACAUGACAGGUAAACUAAAUGGCAGUCAUCUUUCUGCUAUACACAUGGCAUUGAGUGCAGUGAAUCUUUCGGAGUGUGCUGGCUCAUGCCUUCCUGUGGCCACACUGGCUGAGGUCUAUGUAUCUGCAGCUCUACGGGGUUCAAAGCUAGCCUGCCAAGAAUACUACAAUUUUACUUCUCGUGUGUUCCUGAGCAGUGCUCGUCAGACUUGUUCUUCGUCCAGUGGCAGUGUGCCCCCGGCUAUGCAGUGGUUAUGUCACCCGAUUGGUCACCGCUUCUGGGAUGGUGAUUGGGCCAUUCGCAGCACUCCUAAAGAAAGCAUUUAUAGCCAGGCUGGCAAUACAGGUCAGUGUGGAUCCUUAGCUCAGGUGACACAGGCGUUUAGGGACUCUCCUGAAAAGUCCCUCUACUGUGUGGCUCAGCCUCGUGGAGAAAAAGGGCCAAGCCACGGAGAGGGGGAGUAUGCUGAUGCCCUGGAAUACCUGCAGCUGUUGAUGAGUGCAUCAGACGCAGCUGGUGCCACUACGCAGUCCUUUGCUAUUGGAUCCAACAUGGCAACUGUAACAGGAUGUGAUCCUCACUCAAAAUGGUGGUCCUCAGUUGCUGUGGUGAUCAACUGGUUGCCGGAGAUGACUCUGCUGCCAGAGCGACUGUAUCCAACAGUUGAACACCUGCCUCGCAGUCUCCAAAACGCAGAAAGUCUGCUACCCAAAGCAUGUUUAAACACCUUUAAAGCUGUGCGUGCACUGCUGUCCAAACCUGAAAACUGUCAGCUGAGUUAAGCUACAUGUGACAAGGCCAGCGCCCUGCUCAGAGACAACCUCAACCUGGGACCACACAGCCCACAGCUCCAACAUAGACAAGGGUACCCUUACCACUCCCAAAUGGUACAACGAGUUGUCCAGCUGUUGCUGUGUGAUCUGCUAUUGGUGAUGCGGACCAAUGUUUGGCAGCUGCAGCAGCAAGGGGUGACUACUGUAGGACCCGCAAAUGCAGGUCCCAGCUGUCCAGCAGGGGGCGUGCAGCAGGCUUCACCUCCUGAGCUCCAAGGCUUUCAACAAGACCUUAGCUCUCUACGGAAGUUAGCUCACAGUUUCAGACCUGCCAUGCGAAGGUUAUUCAUCCAUGAAGCCACAGCCAGGCUGAUGGCAGGGGCAAGUCCCACACGCACACAUCAGCUGCUAGAUCGCUCACUACGACGUAGAGCAACGCCAGGAGCCAAGACAGAAGAGUGUGAGACACGGCCUGGCCAACGGGAGCAGGCGGAGGCAGUCUUGUUGGCAUGCCGAUACCUUCCCCCUUCGUUCCUGUCAGCCCCAGGCCAGAGGGUUGGAAUGCUGGCAGACGCAGCACGCACCCUGGAGAAGCUGGGAGACAAGAGGACGCUCCACGACUGCCAGCAAAUGAUCAUCAAACUGGGGAGUGGCACUACUGUCACAAACAGCUAGAAAGAAGAGGGACCAGAGUGUUCACAGACACGUUCUAACACCAACACAGAACAAGGACAAAAACCGUCUGGCUUCAAAAUGCGCAGCUAUAACUACAUCAUUGGUUUGUUUCUCUAUGACUUCUGGUCUGCAGCCCAACAUAAGGCACUUAGCCACACAUGCUCAUUCUUGUGCUGACUUUUCUAUAAAGAGACACAAUCACAAUCUUCUCAACAGUACAGCGGCUGUGUCCACCUCAGCCCCUCUCAGCAGUUCCACUGAUCUCAUUGGUUGUAUACUUGUGAAAGAACUGUCCAAAGUUUAUUACAUACAAACAUAUUGGGCAAGAAACUGUUUAGUUUAGUCAAUUGAAUCAUUUGAAUCAUGCGCAUUGAAGCCCAAAGUCUCUAACUGCACUAGCCUCAAGGGGCUCAUUUCAAAGACUUGUAACAAUAAGUCUUAUGUUUUUUUGUGGUGUGAUGUGUACAUAUUUUAAAAUGUAUUUAUAUCUUUAAUUCAAUUUGCAGUGUGACAUAAGCAAGAUGAUACAUGCUUAUCCCAUAAGCGCAUAUUAUAAUUGGGUACUAUUUGCUCUGGCUACUUUUAAUGUCAUUACCAUGUUAUAAUGCCUAUGAGCAUUCGCAGCAUCAGAGUAUCAAGGUGACUGUUGUGCAUUUUUGGUAAAAUCUCUUGCCAAUUUGCAGUGUUGCACAGUGAUGCUGUCAGACAUCUCUUCAUCAAAUGGUGGCAUUGAUGUUUUCAAGUAGCCUCAACUUUUUCUCCAAAUUGAGCCGGCCGUGUAAUUUCAUUUCAGUUUUGUUUGUAGCUCUUACACUAAGAGUAGUGCUUUCUCUUACCUUUGUUUAGUUCAAUAUGCUUGUUUUUAGAGGACAGUAUAAACAAGUCCUGAACCAAGGAUGUUCACUAUGAAAACACUUACUGUAUAAAUGGCAUCUUUCAUCUCAUACUUGCUUAUUAUGUAAAUAUUAAAAUAUUUUGU